CUCGAUUCCUCGCAUCUCGACGAUCUAGGCUAUCGAUCCCCGAUUCCCCAUCUCAGGGUCCAGACUGUCAUCCGGGUUAGGGUCUUCAUGAAUGCGAUAAGAUAAGAUAGCGAUAACCUUAAUUAUUUUUUGGGGAUUGGAGAGACAUCAGGUCGAGUUUCUGCGACCAGUCCCGAACUGCGACCAUUCAGCAUUCCUCAGUGACAGGUUUUGCGAAGUCGAUCGACCAGAGACUUGACAAGUCCCGUAAUCUUUCCAAUGACUGGCAGCCGACUCCCAGUUACUGACUGAUACCAACCGCGCGCCAGUCUUCAAGAUGGCCCCAAAGGCCGCAGCCAAGGACAAGAAGGACGCCCGCGCGUGGGAGGGCCUGACUCCACCCCUCGCUGAAUGGAUUCUCGAUGCCAUCAAGAGCAACGGCUGGGGCGCCCGCAUGACCCCCGUCCAGGCCGCUACCAUCCCGCUCUUCAGGAGGAACACCGACGUCGUCGUCGAGGCUGUCACCGGCAGCGGCAAGACCCUCGCCUUCCUCAUCCCCGUCAUCGACAAGAUCCUCCGCUCAGACGAGUCCCGCAAACUGCACAAUGUCACGGGGGUCAUCGUCAGCCCGACCAGGGAGCUGGCCUCCCAGAUAUACGACGUUCUCACCAACCAGAUCCUGCCCUUCCACAAGCCCUCCGCCGACCUCCUGCCUAUUCUCAAAGAUGACGAGGACUCCAAGAGAUCAGCCGCCAGCGAGCCUUUGGUAGUCCCGCAAUUGCUCGUCGCCGGUACCACCAAGCCUCGCGCCGAUCUCUCCUACUUUGUUCGAAAAUCACCCAAUCUCCUCAUCGCGACACCCGGCCGUCUCGCCGAGCUGCUGUCGUCUCCCCUCGUCAAGACGUCAAACCUGGAGGUCUUGGUAUUAGACGAGGCGGAUCGGCUGUUGGAUCUGGGGUUCAAAGAGCAACUGAAUACUAUACUGGGAUACCUUCCUAAACAAAGACGAACAGGGCUGUUCAGCGCAUCAAUGAGCGAGGCUGUCUCGGAGUUGAUCAGGACUGGGCUACGGAACCCCCAGAGGAUUGUCGUCACGGUCAAGAACCUGAGGGACGGCGGCAUAAUAGAAGAGAGGAAAACCCCUGCCUCCUUACAGAUGACCUACCUCGUCACCAAAGCAUCCCACAAAUUCCUCGCCCUCGGACAACUGCUGGAGAAGCUCGACCCUCGGCCCCAGAAGACCAUCCUCUUCCUGAACACAUGCGACUCGGUCAAGUACUUCUUCAAGGUCCUACCAGCCAUAAUGCCCCCAGGCUUCAAGCUCCUCCGCCUCCACGGGAAGCUCGACCCCUCGACCCGCGAGAAGAACUUCAACCAGUUCCUCACCUCAUCAUCACCCACCGUCCUCCUCUGCACAGACGUCGCCGCCCGCGGCCUCGACAUCCCCCAGGUCGACCUGGUGGUCCAGGACCCGCCCCAGGACCCCAAGACCUACAUCCACCGCGCGGGGCGCGCGGGGCGCGCCGGCCGGCGGGGGCUCGCGGUCGUCAUGCUCCAGCCGGGCAGGGAGGAGGACUUCAUCCCGUUCCUGGAGAUCCGCAAGACGCCCGCGCAGCCCCUGACGCACCCGGAGAUCACCGUGACGGACGCCGACGCCGCGGCCGCCGCGUCGCGCAUCCGCGCCAUGGCCCUGGCGGACCGCGAGGUCCUCGACCUCUCGUACCGCGCGUUCCCCUCCUUCGUGCGCAGCUACGCCGAGCACCGCGCCGCGUCCAUCUUCCGCGUCGCGGACCUGGACUGGGCCGACCUGGCGGCGCAGUACGGCCUGGUCGCGCUCCCGCGCAUGGCGGAGCUGCGCGGGGUCGAGGGGCUGGACCGCGGCCUCGGGCUGGGCAUCGACGUCUCGGCCAUCGCGUACAAGGACCCCGCCAAGGAGAGGAAGCGGCUCGCCGCGCUGGCGGAGCGCGAGCGGGCCGUCGAGAGCGGGGAGGCCGCCGCCGCCGCGGAGAGGCGCGUCGCGCAGCGCGCCAAGAACGCCCCCUGGAGCGGCAAGGUCGAGAAGGAGGAGACGAGGGCGCGCCGCCGCGAGAGGAAGGAGAAGAAGAGGGAGGCCGCGCGCCUCGCCGGGCUCACGGACAAGGAGAAGGAGGAGCAGAGGGCCCUGGAGGAGAUGCUUGCCAAGGUCAGGGAGCAGGUCCGGCGGGAUACUGCCGGGGCGGCGGGCGGCAAGAGGAAGGCGGAGGAUACCUUUGAGGGCUUUGAUGAUUGAGGUUGCGAUGGUGUAGCUCUAUCGAUAGCGGAUAUAACUGGGAGCGGCGGGCGACCCUGAUGUAUAGUCGAUAAUAUACCGUGCCGCACAUUCUAGUCUUCGAGGUGCUUCCAUGA